ACAAAAUACCCGCUCAUCAACCAAUAAGAAUACGAAACAUCUAUGUCUGUCUACCAGAGGCGGACGUGUAGCGAGCUCUAACAUGGGAGCGUUUACGCUUACAUAAGCACACGCGCUUUUAUAACGGAUCCACUUGAGAAACUAAAAACGAACACCUCUCUUCUUCCACAGAUCAGAGACACACCCAGCUCUCUAUCUUCCGCCUUCACCAUUAUCGGAAUCUUUCUCCUCACGUCCUACAUCCUUAAGAAAGUCAUGCAUUUAGGGGUGCCCACCAAGGACAACUUCAAGCCCAAGGGCAAGAGCUACUUGUCGUUACCUACCAAAUACAUGCGGUACACGAACAAAUGGCGGAAGACGGUGCUCUCAUUUUUGUUUCUUGUGUUCAUCUACUUAUUCUUCGUUAGCCCCUCCGCCGUGCCGCAGGGCAAAUUCUCACAGCUCCUCGGGAAGAGUAGACGGGCGGCAAAGUACCCGAAGGUGCACGGGCUCCACGUGAAGGAAAUCAGGCUGAAGUCGCCAUUGAUCUUCCCACCGAUCGAAAGCGCGCCGUUGUUGAAGGAAAUUGGGCUCUCGGGCUUGUUCCACACCAAGGUGCUUCAUGACCCGACCACGAAGACGGACAAGACGAUCUACCAGUACUUUGACGAAGACUUCUUGAGUGAUAACAACGAGUUAUCGAACGUAAACAACAAGAAGGACGACGGUGCGCUUCUUUCCGCGAAAAAAGCGUUUUUGAAUCACGGAAAACGCGUCUUCACCGGUUCCCAGAGCCCGGAAAUCGUCGUCGUCACCGCAAUCGACUUUGACAAGUACGAGUUGUCAGGAUUGAUGAAGAUAGUACAGAACCGUGUGGACUACGCACAGAAGCAGAGCUAUGGGGUAUACGUGCGCUGGAUCCAGGAGUUUGUGCCCAUCUUGCAGAAGCAUAACAACGACAAGGAGUGGACACGGUUGAUGGUGAUGAGGGCCGCGAUGCACGCGUUUCCUAAUGCCAAGUACUUCUGGUACUUGGACCAGGACUCGUUGAUCAUGCGCUACGACAUUGACUUGUACGACUACAUCUUGCGUCCGGCGGCGUUGGACCCAAUCAUGAUCCGCGACCAGUCGGUGAUCCCACCCGGAGGGGUCAUCAAGACGUACUCCGACGCGAAGCCAGAGUCUGUGCGCUUGUUCUUAACCCAGCUGGACACCAAGAUUGAAACCGACUCGUUCAUCUUGCGUAACGAUGUAUACGGUAAGGCGAUUCUCGAGUUCUGGAUGGACCCGUUGUACAGAACAUACGGUAAGUUCUCCGCCCAUCAGGACUCCGCCUUGGCACUUAUGUUGCAGUGGCAUCCACUCAUAUUGUCCAAGACCGCGUUGAUUCCCGCCAGAACGAUCUCGAGCUUGAAUACGUAUAUGGAGUUACCGGAGGGUGGUGAUGACGUGCACUACUCAGAGGGCGAUUUGGUUGUGUUGUUCCGGGAUUGUAGCAAGCACCAGACGUGCCAGAAGGACAUGGAGCCGUACUGGAAGAAGUUGACCACAAAAUAAGCGGAGCAAACUGUAGGGCUCCUAUGUUUUACUCGUCUUUGGUUACGUAUACUAAUAGAUUUAUCUGAAUUGUUGAUAAUCCAUAGCGACAUACGGUUCCAUUUUGGUACGAUAUUAUUAGGCCUAUCGUCUGAUUUUUCAUACGCAUACGUAUACUUUCGGCCAUUGGGCCACAGGUGCAAUUUUCCAGAAAUAUAUAUGGGAGGUAACCUGAAGCGGGAAUACUCGAUUUUUGCGCUUAAUCAGUAUAUCUGUAGUAUGCAGAUCUAGGGAU